AUGAUACAGCAUAAACCGCUACAAGACGCAAGGCAGCAGAUUCGUCUCCUCAAACUGCUCUGGCCACAGGAACCAAGCGAGCACCUCGAACUCGAAUCGUCCGUCCACAACAUUGCCGACCAGCCUGUCUACAACGCCAUCUCUUACACCUGGGGUCCUAAGCUGCCCGAAGCUCCAGUCAUCUUGGAUGGAAACCUCACCAUACUACGCGAUGAUUGCCGCCAUGCGCUGCGCUCUUGCCAAGAACGUGGGAUCUCCGAGUACCUGUGGAUCGACUACAUCUGUAUUAAUCAAUCUGAUGAUGUCGAGAAGAGUGCACAGGUUGCUAUCAUGGGCAGCAUAUUUCAUAGAGCCGCCACCGUCCUGGUUUCUCCGAGGCCGUUGCCUCUAUUUUCGAUACCGGCUGAUGUGCCGGAAGACCUGAGACAGUACUACGCCAAUCUUAAGUCACGAGAGCAAGCCUGUCUCGAUCACGAAUCGACGCAUGGGCCAGGCAGUAGUGCGAGAGAUGUGUUUGGAGCUUUGUCCGGAGGCAAAGAAAUGGACGCCCAGAUCGUAUCUCACGUGAUGUGGAAACUCAGAUCUAGUCGGUACUGGUGCCGUCUAUGGAUCUUGCAGGAAAUUCUGCAGGCAUCUUAG